AAGAAUUGUUUUUACACUGAUUGCUUUUACACCCAUAAAGGCUGUAAAAGCAAUAAUUUCUCCUUCUCUCUGACUGCAUUCUUGCAGCCAUUGAGAAAUACUCUUGUCAAAUGGUUGACCUCUGUGAUCAUUUACAGAUUUCACACGUAGUAAGCAAUGAUGUCAGAAGUGACAUAUUGCUUACUACUCUGCAUGUGAUCACUGAUUGGCCAAUCAGUGAUCACAUGAUCGGGACCUCGCAGAGAGGUCCCGUCCGACGAUCGGUGUUGCACUGUGUCCGGAGGACACAGCGGACACCAGAUCGCGGUGCUGCGCGCUCACAGGGAGCGCGCACAAGCAGGGGCCAGGGAGGCCGUUUAUAAACGGCCACCCGAC